AUGAAUAGCCAAUAUAUGCGUCAUGAAGUGCGGGGUUGUGAAACCAGCGACCUGAGGAACUUCUGGGAAAAAACCAUUGAACAACAAACUCAGUAUCUGCAAAAUGAAAAAGAACGUCAGCGAAGAAGUGCUCUGACAAAGCUCAGAAAUGAAUGGAUGGAGAGGCUGGAAAAACGGAUAAAGAUGUUGAGGACCCAAUCUGAAGACUCAUCCAGCUGAAGAGCCCAUUCUCAUUACACAUUUGGGGGAAAAUAAAUCUGUUUUGUAGGAAAGUGUGAUGUAAAAGCUGAAGUCAGUUUUACUCUGUAGCUUAAAUGAGCUAUAAUUAAUUAGCUGUCAUUGUUUGAAGUUUCAUAUGUGAAAUGUCAAUUGUUGC